UGCCUGGUAACAGCGAAAGCGUCUCUCAUGGAGAUGAUGAACUCGAAGAGCUGCGGAAGAUUUACCGGCGAGACGGAUCACGAUGCGCCAUAAAUCCCUCGUUCACGUAUUUUCUGCAAGCUCCGACAUAACAAGCACACAUGCGAGCCCUUCACAAUAACACCGACACACUGACAUUGAUACCCGGCUAAGCGUCUUAAGAAUUGGGACGCUUUUUUCAUAUCUGAAGGUUUAUUGCAGGAGAUGGAGAUAUUGGUUUGGCCAAAUAUUGCCAUAUUGCAUCUUACCUGUUACCUAAUGCGAUGAGGCACUAAUGCACUUAAUAGGAUUCAGGUCGCCCUCCUUGUCUUCCUGUAGCUCUCAGAAGCAAGCUGUGUCCAUACAUAACUGAACCCAGUACAUAACUGAUUACCAGCUUAUGCUAGAGACACAACAUUAGCAUCUGUUCUUGGCAGGUAAUAGCUCCCUUGUGAGGUUCCCAGGGACUUGACGUCUUCAUCAAUGUGUAAAAAAAACUCUUAAUUCUUCCAGAUCCCAAAAGAGUCUGAAGAUGGCCUGUGCUGUGGAGAGAUGAGUGAGACCUCCUGAUAUCGGGUGAUUAGACGCCCAUACAGGCAUGGGGAAACUACAGAGCAAGUUUCGGCAGCGCUCAGACCUUUACAAGGCCAAAGAGGGGGCGGAGCUCGCACCUGUGCACCAGGUAGUGCAGUAUGAACCCGCUCACACAGAUGCCAUCAACUGUGUCGUCAGCCUUACCUCUGACCUGUGUGUGUCAGGAGGGCAUGACCAGGCUGUUGUUGUCUAUGACUGGAGAGCUGGAAAACGGUGUAAAUCAUUCCAGGGCCACAGCAGAGAGAUUACAAAGUUAUGCUGUUUUAAAAGAAGUUCCUUGAUCUUCAGUACUUCCCGUGAUAAGACAGUGCUGAUGUGGGAUUUGGGUCGAGAUACAGAACCCGUCCAGGAGUUUUGUGGUCAUGAGCUCGUAGUUAACGGGGUAGCGGUAGGCCCAGAUGGCUCAAAGCUGUGCACGGGCUCUCGUGAUAACUCCAUGCGCCUCUGGGACAUCGAGUCCGGAGAAUGUCUGCAGAAAAACACCAUCUCACGUAACCUGGUAACUCAUCUGUGCUGGGUACCAGGAUGCACAUCUAUUGUCCAAACCUCAGAAGACAAAACUAUCAGGGUGUGGGAUAGCCGUACCUGGCAGGUCACUAACACAUUUCCGGCAAAGCAGUAUAUUCAGACACACUGUGACAUCAACUCCAACUGUUACCACCUGCUGUCGUCCAGCAAUGGCUUUGGUGGUCAGGGUUGUGAAGCCACGCUGUGGGACCUCAGGCAGCCCGGCUGUAAGGUAGCUGAAUACAGAGGACACCUGCAGACCACGGCAUGCUGCGUGUUUGUGCCUCCCCGUCCCGGAUAUCCUGCCCUCGUGGCGUCAUCGUCGUAUGACAGCUCAGUAAAAAUAUGGGAUCAGAACACUGCAGCAUGUUUGUACACGUUAACACUGGACGGUUCAGGGCCUUUGGUGUCUCUGGCUCCGUGUGACUCCAGCAGUCUCCUGUGUGCCAGUUUUAACACAGGACUGCACCAGCUGCAUCUAGAUCAGGGAGCAGUGCCCAACCUCACUGAAGUGGCUCGCUUCUGACGUCCAUCUGGACCGCCUAGAAAAUCAAACUGAUGAGUUAAAAUGAACAAAUUUAUUAACUGGAACUCCUGGAAUGUACACUGCAUUUCCAAAGUACUGUAUCUGGACACCUUAUACUUUUUAAAGAGAUA